UCUCUGCUGUUGGCUGCUUGUUUACGUUUGCCGUGCGUCGUCAUCAAGAGAAGAUUCGAAGUGUAAGAAACAGAGUACGUCAUGGAAGCAACGACUGCGUCAUAGGUAUCCUAGCAACCUAACACGCAUCGUCGAGACUAUCUUGUUAUUACAACAUCUCGAGAGAACAACAUCGCAGUUGUGCGAGAACAACAUUCUAGCUGUUCAUGAACAACAAGCAGCUGUGUGCAUGGAACAACAUCGCAGUUGUGCGUGAACAACACAGCUGUUCGGAACAGCAUCCUAUAUCUGUUCAUGAACAACAAGCAGCUGUGCGGAACAACAUCACAGCUGUGUGUGAAUAACAUUUUAGCUGUGUGUGAACAACAUUUUAGCUGUGUGUGAACAACAUUGCAGUUGUGCGUGAACAAGAUCAUAUCUUUGUGUGAACAACGUUACAGCUUUGCGGAAGAACAUCCCCGCUGUGCGUGAACGACACCGCAGCUGUUUCUAAACAACAUUCUAACUGUGCGCGUAUAGGUUUCCGUGACGAUGGGUGGCGGAAUCGUGACGUCAUCGUGCGUGAUGCUCAGCAUCUUCAUCCUCGUCCUCAUCCCGCUGUCGUGCCGGUGUGACGCGAUGGCUGCGCAGUGGCCGUGGACGUAUCUAUUCCCGGACGAUGACAACUCGACAGAGAGCUCGCCCGUGGCCGACAGCGAGAUGGAAUCGAUGGUGUCUGUUGGCAACGACCAUUCUUACGUCAAUUACAACGACAUCUACCAUCCCUGGAGCGACUGGUCGACGUGCACGCAUAGGUGUCGCCAGCAUCGCAUCCGUCACUGCAGCAGCAGGACCGACUGCGGCAGAAAUCGGUUGAAAGAGGUGAGGAGUUGCUUCACGGGUCACUGCGCGUCCCACUCCAACGACUCGCGGGGCGGCGCGGGGCCGCAGCGCGUGAGAGCCGCCGACACGUCCGACCAUCACUACUCCGACUGGUCCGAGUGGUCGCCCUGCACGCGCACCUGCGUGCAGCGGCGAUUCAAGGAGUGCGUGCGUCCCAGCCAGUGCGACGGUGACAUCAUCAGCGAGCAGAGAGAGUGCGCGCCCUCUAACAGCGCCUGCGAGCGGAUGACGUCAUCGAGUGUCAACAGGGUCAUCAAACCUGUCACUGUCACCGUGGCGCCGGAGCUGCCAGAGAGCGAUGAGCCGCUGGAGUGUGGGCUGAUGAGAAACAGUACAGGGGUGAACACGAGGAUCUAUGGUGGGAGGCAGUCCGUUGCUGGCCGCUGGCCCUGGCAGGUGGCGCUGCUUAACCGCUGGAAGGAGCACUACUGCGGCGGCGUGCUCAUUGCUCCGUCGUACGUUCUCACGGCGGCCCACUGCGUCAAGAAGCGCAUGUUCGCCGUGCUGGGCGAGCACGACCUGUACGAGCGCGAGGGCAACGAACGCUACCACCGCGUCGCCGCCGCCGUCUCGCACCCGCGCUACGACGAAGAAAUCGUUGACAAUGACGUCGCUCUCCUCCGGCUCGCCUCGCCCGCGCGCCGCUCGCCACCCGUCUGCCUGCCCGCGCGCCGCCUCACUCUGCCCACGGGGACGCCCUGCGUCGUGCUCGGCUGGGGGAAGGAGCACGAGCGGCGGCCCGAAGCGGCGAGCGUCCUCCACGAGGCAGAGGUGCCUCUGGUAGCGCGGCGCGACUGCGAGAAGGAGUACCGCCGCUACCACGUCAGCGCGAACAUGCUCUGCGCAGGCUACAAGGACGGACACGCCGACUCAUGCUCGGGAGACUCCGGCGGGCCGCUGCUGUGUGCCGCCGAGGGGCGCUGGCGAGUGUACGGCAUCACGAGCUUCGGACGCGGCUGCGGACUCGACGGGAGAUUCGGCGUCUACGCGAAGGUGUCGAAUUUCGUUGAGUGGAUCCAGCUGGCGAUGCAAGCGGACGGGGACGGCGACGGCAGCGGCCGGGUGAGCGCGCGCGGGAUCAGAAAGUUCCUCUCGUCACUGACCGACUUCUUCGCGUUCUAGUAGUUUCGUCGAGGAGCCGAAGGCGCGGGAUCGGCGUCGUGCGACGUCGCUCCUGAAGGUCACCGAUAGGUCACUGAAAAAUCAGUGAAAUGUUAGUGAAGGGUUAAUAAAACGUUACUGAAAGGUCAGUGAAAUGAUAAUGAGAGUUAAUAAAAGGUCACUGAAAGGUCACCGAAGGUCGUCGGCUAGAUGUUGGGCUGGGCGUGACGUUCGCUGACAUUUUUCCUGAACGAUCGCGCGUUAGAGUAAUGUUUAUUGGCGUUGUUCCUGUAUGUUAAUUACUGGCGAUUUUGUACUCUCUGUAUAAUCUGUCUGUAAAUUGUCGUACAUCUUACGUGUGAAGCCAUGAAUCUAUAUAUAGGGAGCACGCGCACAUUAUUCGCUUACAAAUAUAUAUUUCUUUAAGUGAGAGGUGUCACAAAAAUGCAUUAAAUAACAUUUCAGUCACAUCAUGAAAAUGAAGCGCCGCGGGGAGCAUUGUAGCGCACUGUGGGGUUAUAAUUGAAAAAUUAAGUUAAGAUGAAAAUUUUAACCAUGGAAUAUUGUAGUUUUGUUUUACAUGUAGAAACGUUAUAAUAGAAUUGAUAUACACCAAAGCUAAAUGUUUAUGAUGUUGUCAUACAUGUGCGUUAUGAAUUCGUUGUACUAGAACAUUUGUAUAUAAAUAUUAUUUGAGAGAAAAACUCAUAAUUUUUCUCAUGUUUGGUUCA